AUGGAGACUCUCUGGCUCAUCGCCUCGUUGACACUGGCGUACGGUAUCGCCUCGGUUGUUUACCGCCUCUGGUUUCACCCACUGUCUAAGUUCCCCGGUCCGCCCCUGCUGGCCGCUACAUAUGUUCCUUAUGUCUAUUCCAAUUUCCUUCGAGGAGAAUGGACAAGAAAAAUGCCCGCCUUGCACCGCAAAUACGGCCCCGCUGUUCGCAUCGGGCCUAAUCACAUUGCCGUCGACGGCUCAAUUGCAUGGCAAGAAGUGUUUGGCUAUCGCAAGGGUCGACAGGAGUUCUUGAGGGUACCCAAUCUCUAUGAGGCAGAACAAGUCAACAUUCUCACGGCCCACCAUGACUCCCACCGCCGGCAGCGCCGGCAGCUCGCCCCGGCGUUCAACGAUUCAGCCCUCAUACGACAAGACCCUACUGUCCGCAAGUACGUAAAGAUGCUUUUGGACCGCCUCGAAGAGCGUGCGAGGCAAGACCAGCCCGUAAAUGUCGUCGAGUGGUUCAAUCUAACCCUCUUCGACAUCACCGGUGACCUGCUCUUCUCCGAUUCCUUCCAUAGCCUGGCCAACAAUGGCUAUCACCCCUGGAUCCGCUUCAUCGUGCAAAGCUUCCGCGGCACCGCCAUGCAGCGCGUCUACCAAAUCUAUCCCAUCGCGGGCCUGUUCCGCAUGAUUCCGGUAUGGAGCACGCCGCAAACUAUCCGCCGCUACGGAACAGAAAAGUCCAUGAUGCGCUUGGCGCGUGGAGAGGAGAUUUCGCCGGGACACAAGGACGUCACGUCGUAUAUGCUGCGUCAGGCCAGUCACGGCGGUAAAGCUAUGACCAGAGCCGAGGUCCUGUCCACAUCGCCAACACUGGUCGUGGCGGGCAGCGAAACCACGGCCACGGCCCUAUCCGGCUUUUGCUUCUAUACAGCGCGUAAUCCCCGGGUUUAUGCUAUCCUUGCCGAGGAAAUUCGAUCACUAUUUCAAACGGAAGAUGAAAUUACGCUACAGAGCGCCGCAGCAGCCGAAUAUCUUCAAGCCGUUAUCAAUGAGACGCUCCGUGUGUACCCCCCCUUCGCAGAGUUGCUCACACGACUAAGUCCCGGCGACACGGUUGACGGCAAAUACGUCCCACCGGGGACACGCGUGUCCGCUUAUCACUGGGCAACGUUUCGGAACCCCGAGCAUUUCGUUGACCCCGAUGAGUUUCUCCCAGAAAGGUGGCUCACGAAGGACCAUGCUCUAUAUGAUAAGCGGUUCGAAGUCGACAAUAAAGCCAUCUACAAGCCCUUUAGCUGUGGGCCCCGAGACUGCCUUGGCAAGAGGCUGGCACAGGCCGAGAUGCGGUACAUCAUCGCCGGACUGUUCUUACGAUUCGACUUUGAGUUAGCACAUGGGCAAGAUGACUGGCACGAUAAGCAGAAGACCUUUACUAUAUGGGAAAAGAGUCCGCUAUACGUUCGGCUCCGACCGCGUUUCGACUGA